GCAGUUCAGCUUGGCUCCAGGAGCGCUGCUGCUCUGUGUUCUUCUCUCGUCUCUCGGAUCGAUCUCUCUCUGUCUCCGUCUUGUGAGGUCAAGGGGUUUCUCGAAAGAAAGCACGAUCUCUCUCUCUAGCUUAGCUAGGUGAAUUCCAGAGGGAAAAUUGCAAUUGUAGGCUCUCUCGAAGCGAAGAGAGGAAAGGAUCGCCUUUUCUCUCUUUCUAAAUAAAGCGAUUCCCUUUUGGAUUGCAGUGUUGUUUGUUUGUGUGGUGUUUCAGUGAGAAGCAGUGAGGAAAGAUGUUUGGUCGCGCGGCGCCAAAGAAAAGCGACAAUACGCGUUACUAUGAGAUAUUGGGGGUCUCAAAGAACGCAUCGCAGGAGGAUCUGAAGAGGGCCUACAGGAAGGCUGCCAUUAAGAACCACCCCGACAAGGGUGGUGAUCCCGAAAAGUUUAAGGAACUUGCACAGGCAUACGAAGUGCUAAGUGAUCGAGAAAAAAGGGAGAUUUAUGAUCAAUAUGGAGAAGAUGCUCUCAAGGAGGGAAUGGGUGGAGGUGCUGGAGGCCAUGACCCAUUUGAUAUUUUCCAGUCCUUCUUUGGCGGCAAUCCAUUCGGUGGUGGAAGCAGCCGAGGCAGAAGGCAGAGGAGAGGAGAAGAUGUGGUUCAUCCCCUGAAGGUGUCUCUUGAGGAGCUCUAUAAUGGUACAUCAAAGAAACUCUCCCUUUCAAGGAAUAUCAUCUGCUCAAAGUGCAAAGGCAAGGGGUCAAAGUCUGGUGCUUCAAUGACAUGUGCUGGUUGCCAAGGAUCAGGUAUGAAGGUCUCCAUAAGACAGUUGGGGCCUUCAAUGAUUCAACAGAUGCAGCACCCAUGCAAUGACUGCAAGGGAACUGGGGAGACCAUCAGUGAUAAGGACCGCUGCCCACAAUGCAAGGGCGAGAAGGUUGUUCAAGAUAAGAAAGUGUUGGAAGUCAUUGUUGAGAAGGGGAUGCAAAAUGGCCAGAAGAUCACCUUCCCAGGAGAAGCUGAUGAAGCUCCGGAUUGUAUUACUGGUGAUAUUGUGUUUGUAUUGCAACAAAAGGAGCACCCAAAAUUUAAGAGAAAGGGGGAUGACCUGUUUGUGGAACAUACGCUCUCCCUAACUGAAGCUCUCUGUGGUUUCCAGUUUGUGUUGACUCACCUUGAUAACAGGCAAUUGCUUAUCAAGUCUAACCCUGGGGAAGUGGUAAAGCCUGAUCAAUUCAAGGCGAUAAAUGAUGAGGGCAUGCCCAUGUAUGGGAGGCCCUUCAUGAAGGGGAAGCUGUACAUCCACUUCACAGUUGAAUUUCCAGACUCUUUGAGCCCUGAUCAGUCCAAGGCAUUGGAAGCUGUGCUGCUUCCAAGAUCAUCAAGCCAGCUAACAGAUAUGGAGUUGGACGAGUGUGAGGAGACGACCCUCCAUGAUGUGAACAUUGAGGAGGAGAUGCGGAGGAAGCAGAGCCAUCCUGCUCAGGAGGUUUAUGAUGAGGAUGAUGAUGGACCAGCUAGUGGUGCCCAGAGGGUGCAGUGUGCUCAGCAGUGAGGGAGGACAUGUCAUGGUUGGGACAUGAUGACUGUUUUGUUUGUUUUGGAUUGAAAAUGAGAUAUAUGAGGUCAAAUUUCUUGUAGUGGGUGUACUAUUCCUUUCUUUGGGUUGUUAGACCUGGAGGAGCUUCAAGGAAUGCAUAAGAUAAUGAUUUUUUGUGGCUUAAUGACCUUUAAGCAACCAGCCCUAGCCCUA